AUGCGCCCCGUUCAAGGUGUUCGGCCUCUGUCCUGGACUCGAGUUGUUCCUCGCAUCCACCGUCAAACGCGAUGCGUUCAGAUUCGCGCCGCGCCCUCGGGAGUGUCUUCGGUUAAUGGCGACAAUCUGCCACUCGCUAGCACGCCCAGCUCUGUUGAAUCACGAGAUGCGCGAUUCGAUGUUGUUGGUGCUCCAUAUUCGCUUCUUUCCGUUUCGCUCUCAGCCUCGCAGAACCUAUACACUCGACGCGGAACGCUGGUUGGGUUGAGCGGCAAGGCGGAUAACGUGAUUUCCACCUUGAGCGUUCUAGAGCCCUUCCGGAGGGCUGUUGUCGGAGUACCCUUUCUGUAUCAGAAGGUAUCCUCACCCACCCCCGUCACAGCUCUCGUUUCCGUUCGGUCACCCAAUACCUCCUUUGCCGUUGUCAACGUCAAUGGCUCCGUGGACUGGAUGGUUGCCCAAAGACGGGCUUUGCUUGCAUGGACAGGGCGGUCUCUGACCAUCAAGCCAACUAUCAACGCAAACCUAAGCUUGUCUCAUUGGGGUAGCUCCGAAGUGACUGGCAGAGGUUUAAUAGCGUUGGUUGGAAACGGACAGCUAUACUCGGUGGAAUUGAAGGAUGGCGAGCAGUACAUUGCGCACCCCAGCAAUGUGGUCGCUUACACCAUGGCCUCCAACCCUCCUCGUCCCUACCGUUUCAAAUCCACCACUCUCAACUUCCAGGUUCCGGGUCUGAAGACACUACCAAGACUUCUACAAAAUGCCAAGUUCAUUCGUGACGUGUCUGAUUCCAAGGCAUACAAAACCACUAUGCAAUGGUUCCACAAGCUGCGUACCUGGUCUCGAAUGACCAUCUGGGGGGAUAGACUCUUCUUGCAAUUUGAGGGUCCCACUACCAUCCUCGUGCAAUCUCGCGGUCCUCGUCUCAACGAUGUUUUGUCGGCACAGGAAGCUAAUGAGAUCGCCAAUGUCCCUAGUGGAUUUACACCCGCUCCUCGGUCUACCGACGACACAAAAACACUAGACGAAAAGCCAGAAGCCGAAAAGACCGAAGCCGAAAAGGCCGUUAGCAAUAUCUCUGGCCUGACGCGCUCUGUCCAGGAAUUGGAGCAAGAAAUUGAAGGAACGAGCCAAAGCGUUGCGAAGAUCCGCAAGGAUGGAAAGGUCGAAAUUGAGGAAGUUGCUCGCACCAACUAA